AUGUAUCCAAUGGUUAUUUUUCUUAUUUUUAAUAAUUCAUCUGAAUGGACAAUUGAAGAAAUUCAUAAUAAAACAGGAAUGAAUAUUGACUUCUUGAUAUUAGUAUUGAAUUGUUUAUUAAAAUUUCAUUUAUUAAUAUAUGCACAGCUUAAUAAUGAAGAUUUAACAGAAACAAAUAUUAAUAUAAAUUACAAAAUACAAUUGGUUAAUAAUUAUGAAAGUGAUAAAAUUCAAGUGAGUUUAAAUAUUGAAGCUAAUCUUAAUGAAAUAACAACUCUUGAUAACGUUCAAAGAACAAUCGAUGAUGAUCGAAAAACAAUUCUAUUGAGUUGA